CCGUUUCAGGUGUAACCUAUCCUUUUUGUACAGGCAAUAUCUUCUCCAGAAAAUACCUAAUGAUCCACAAAUCUGAAACCCUGACCCUGCACCAUUUCCUCAGCCACUCAUUAUCUGUACCAUCAUUUUAUUCUUGUCUGAACUAGCAUGUGGCACUGGGAGUAAUCCAGAGAAUACCAACUGUGUCCUGUUUAGCCUCUUCCCUAACUCCCUAUACUCACUGCACAGGACCUCCUCCCCCUUCCUACUUAUGUCAUUGGUGCCAAUGUGUACCAUAACCUUCUGGCUGCUCAUCCUCAAGAAUAUUCUGCAGCUAUUCUGAGACAUCCUGGACCCUACAAUGGGAGGUAACACUCCAUCCUGGCUUCUUUUUCACAACCACAGAACCUCCUGUCUGUCCCCCUAAUUACUGAAUCUUCUAUCAGAAAUGUUCUGUCUGACUUUGUCCUUCCCUGCUGAACCUCAGAGAAUGCCACCGUGUCACUGACCUGCUGCUGCUGUUGUUCCCUGAUAGGCAACCCUUCUCCCCCCCCCCCACCUUCCCACCAGCAGUAUCCAAAAGGGUACACAGGGGUAUUCUUGUUGUUGAGGGGAAUGGCCACAGGAGAAUCCUGCACUGACUGCUUACUUUUCCUGGCGGUUGCCAUCUACUAUCUGAAGCCAGCAUUGAGUGUGACCAUCUCAAUAAGAGACUCAUCUUUGAAGUCUUCAGCCUCUUGGUUGAUCCUGAGUGCAUCCAAUUCCAGCUCCAGUUCCUUGACCUUGUCGGUUAGGAACUGGAGUUGGGUACACUUCCUGCAGAUUUGGUCAUCAGGGAGAUCGUUUGGUACCGUCAAAUCACACAUCUCACUGGAGGAGCAUUAUUUUGAUUUAGUUUCAGCCUGCAGCACGCUGUUUCAAGUAGGUUGACUAUUGUCUCUACCCACAUAAUUGUUUCAGUUUCUGUUGUAUGUUAUUAUUUUAAUGGCCCUGAGGAAGGGAUUUACUUGGACCCAGCUGUAACCACCCUCAUGAAGUGCCUUCCACAUACUCACAGGUGAGACCCUCUAUCACUGAAUUAUUGUGAAUUGGCCCAAUCAGGUGCAGUGACAACCGUUAGAUUCCUGCUCUUAUGACUGUCUAGUGUCACUGAACCAAUUUUCAGAUGUUAAUGUUACUUUCAAUUGAGGAAUCGAUCUCAAUAACUUUGUGACAAAUUGCCCUUUGAAUUCAUUGCUCACUGAAUGCAUCAAGUUGCUCCAUUUUGUGGUCAGUGCAGGUUCAGGUUUCAGAUGAUUUAAUUGCUGGCACUCUGGUGGAUGCUUUUUCCAAUCCUGCUUAUUUUUUCUACCUCGUCCUGUUUACAUUGAAAUCUCAUCCACAUUUUAUAUUUUACCAAUUUAUUAUUUCAAUUUUUAAAUAGUAGAUAAACUUGUACUUGCAAUCUGUUCUCAACGUGUGUUUUCUUAUUGCAUCCUUCAAUUUGCAUUUUUUAUGGAUUGUGGCACAAACUGUUACCAUGCAAAGCUUAACACCAGUUUUCAAUAUGCCAUUCAAAAACUUUUGCUUUGAAUUUUAAAAACUUCCAAGAGAUUUUUAAAAAUGUACAUGUAGUUUUGCUCUUUUUCUCCCCUGGAGUACAAAGCAAAUACAGGACACAAUGACAAAUAAGAAAUUGCUUGAUAGGCGGUCUCAAAAACAUCUUGAUUAAAUGGAUCAGUACUUAGCUACCGUAGAUUCCGGACUACAGAGCGCACCUGAUUAAAAGCCGCACGCUCUAAUUUUAGAAAGAAAAUCAAUUUUGUACUUGUACAAGCCGCACCGGAUUUUAAGCCGCAGGUGUCCCACGUUGUAAUAUGAGAUAUUUACACAGAAAAAUAUUACACGUGAGGAUUUUUUAACUUUUAAUUAAAUCCGUAUGGUAACAUAAACAAAUACAUAUUGCAAGUGCUUUUUUUCGAACAGUGCCUGUAACACAGCUACUUUUAAAUAUACAUACGUAUCGGUAACACACAAAUUACGUUGCGUAUACUUUUUUACUGAACAGUGCACGAACAACAUGCCAAUAUCUCCUAAAGACUGGUAAAAAAAAUAUAUAUAUACUGCAGCCUACCAGGAAAAGUUAUUGAUCGCCUUCUUCAUCUUCCUCCUGCGCACUAAAACCAUCAAAGUCUUCUUCAGUGUCCGAAUUGAACAACCUCAGGAUCUCGUCACUCACUUCAGUCUCUUCGUUGUCACUCUCACUUGAGCGCACGCGGUCCUCUUCAUCACGCAGCAGUCCAGCCUUUUGAAACCCGUUGGUGAAGGUGGAUGUUGUGACACGGCUCCACGCAUUUAGGAUCCACUGGCAGACUUGAGUUAAAGAUGCUCUUCGCAUGCGUCCUGUUUUGGUAAAGGAUUUCUCGCCGCUCAUCAUCCAAGCCUCCCACUCAACGCGCAGCGCCGUUUUUUUCUGUGAAAAAAUCCCCCUGGUGGCUUGGCGUAGCACUCUCUCAGCCAAUCCUUCAUUAGACUCUCCAUCAUCCAACCUUUCUUAUUGACUUUCACCAUGAUUUCUUUUGGGAAUUUUUCCUUUGGCAUUGUCAGCCGCUUAAAAAUCACCAUCGGUGGAAGCUUUAGUCCGGAUGCUGUGCAGCUCAAAACACAAGUAAAAUACGUUCUCUCAUGGCCACUUGUUUUCAGUGUGAUGGACGAGUCACCUUUUUUAUUAACAGUCCGAGUGAGAGGCAGGUCAAACAUCAAAGGCACUUCAUCCAUAUUUAUGAUAUCAUCUGGCCCGAUGGAAUUCUCCGCUAUCUUUGUUUGAGUGAAUGUGCGGAAGUUAGCAAGUUUUUCCUUGUGGUCGGGAGGGAGCUGCUAACACAGAGACGUGCGCACCCUGACGGACAGGCCUCUUCGUCUCAUAAAUCUAAAACACCACGAUGGCCCACCUCUAAAAUCUUCGAUUUUCAUUUUGGUGGCGAUUGCUUUAGCCUUCAGUCUGAUUUGCACGGUGGAAACACCGCGGCCGCCUGCUCUCUGUGUGUUAACCCAGUCUUCAAGAAAGUUUUCAAGUUCAGGCCAUCUCCUAUGAUUACCUCUGAAAGCUUUUGUCGUCUUUUUGCAUUGAUUCAGUUCUUCACGCUGGCGUCUCCACCGUCUCACCAUCGAUUCAUUUUCAAGAUUAUGUGCAGCAGCUCGAUUUCCUUCUUCAACCGCCGGAUUGAUCGCCUUUAACUUAAAAGCUGCAUCAUAUGCUUUUCUUCGAGUGUUUUCCAUGUUGAUGAAGGUGAGUACAAAUGACUGAUUUACAAUAAUUUAAUUGUGAAAGUGCGCUUGAUUUAUCGUAUAAUUUCAGUGGACCUCUGUGAACUACUCAAUUUUAUUGGUCCACUGUUACGAGGCAAAAUGUUUUUGGCAGCAUGAAAAAAAACAUGCAUUAGCCGCACCGUAGUAUAGGCCGCAGUGUUGACGCGGUGUUCAAAGCGUGGGAAAAAAGUAGCGGCUUAUAGUCCGGAAUUUACGGUACUUGAAGCCAAAGUUCAUCUGCUUGUUGAUGAAUAUGGAAAUAACACCAGUGAUAUUAACCAGCAGGAGAACUGCUUCACUGUCUUGAUCACAGGCUAGAAAAUGGCAAAUCCGGAAGACUACAAGGAUCCACAAACCAAAAAUCCUUGUCCUCUUGACAUUAAAAUAUUCUGAAUCCCAGGAAAUUCAGCUUCCCACAUAAAAUAGCCAAGUAGUUUCUUUAUGUUUGACAAUAACCAGGUAGUACCCUAGGAGUACCCUGACAAGAGCAACUUAAAUACAGGGCCCUUUCCAUGGUUGCUUACUGCAUCUGAAAUAGAUCUUGAACAGAUUUGUAUUACACAUUCCUGCAAAACCAUCUGAUACAGGUAUUAUUGUAAUGUGUGUUUAUUUCAUGCGAUAACCCUUAGUUUUCAUGUAAUCAUUGAUACUUUAUAUGAGAACAGGAACUAGUUGGGCCUUAACUGUUUCGUGCCUCCCUUCACUGCCUACUCUUCUUGCUUUUUUGAUUCAGAUCAAGGAGUAACCCGUCUGUGAGUAGGGAAAGUGUGUUGAUCCUUCUAGGACAACUGGAGGAAUGGCAGUGCAGUUAAGUAUCAUUUCAUCUGGAAGUGCUGCCCUGUGUGGUUUCAGACUGCACAUUUAUAUGGCCCUACACACUGAAUAUAUUGAAUCUACCAUGUAUAAAUAAGAGCUUCCAGUGUUUAAGAUUCCUUUAGCAUCUUUUCUUGAGCUCAUUUCUCUAUACAAGGUAAAAAAAAAAUCCACACAUUACUUUCUGAUUUGCUAUUUAUUUAAUUAUUUGGUGGCACUAUAAUCGUUAAAUGAUAUUGGCUUUGACCUCCUUGUGGAUGAAUGUCUGCACCUCAUCUUUAUUCAAAUAAAGAGUUCUCGGCUACUGUGGUAGAGAAUUGUAAAUUGGUUUAUCGUUGCCAUGAUACAGGUGAGAUCGUAGGUGACAGCAAAUAUGCAAAAAAGCAGCAGAGAAAAGCCAGGUAACCAUAGCCUGUGAGCUUAACAUCAGGAGAGGAUCAAUCAACACUUGGAAAGGUAUGGAUUCAUCAAAGAUAGCUGUUAGGGGAAGAUCCUGUCUGAGGAAUUUGAUUGAAGUUUUGAAGAAGCAACAUGGAUGAGGAUAAAGCAGCUGAGGAUAGAAGGCUACUGGAUGAUUUUUGAUGAGUUGGUAAGAUGCACAGAGCAAUGAGAGAUGGAAAUUAAUCCUGAUAAGAAUGAGGUGAUUCCUUUUUAUUUCAGGAUUAAUAGUUAGGAUAUACAUACUGAAUCAUGGGGCCACUGGGUACAAAUGAGGAAUGAGCGAUCCAGGUGUACUAGUUACAAGGAUCCCUGAAGGUAUUAAUAUGGGUAGAUAAGGUGGUGAAGAAGGCAUAUGGGAUACCUGCCUUAUUAGCCAGGGCAUAUAGUUGUAUAAUAACUUACCACUUUUGCAUUCUAAGAGUGAAAAGUUAUAGUACAACUAUAUAAAAAAAUAAUUUAUUGGAAUCUGAAAUGCAAUGCCUGAGGGGAUUGUGGAGGCAGAGACUGUCACAACGUUUUAGUAGUAUCCAGGUAACAUUUGAAUUGCCAUGACAGAGAAGCUUAUAGAUGAAGUACUGAGCAAUGGGAUCAGUAUAGAUGGGGACUUGAUGGGGGUUGGCUUGGACACGGUAGGUCAAUGAGCCAAUACCACCAUCAAAGGAAGUUACUGCUGGGAGAUUUCAUCCUGUCCUCACUAUUAUUAUUCCUGCAAGUAAUAACAGUGGUGCAAUGUAAGCCAUCUACAAAUUGCACAGCUACUAUUAAAAUAUGAUUCUGCUUUCAAUUAUCAAAAUGAUGGGAAGUGUCUGAUAGUGCUGUCAAAUGGCAUUGUCCCCAUCACUGUCUCACUUUAUGACACCCACUUCUGCUGGGAUCACAACUGCAAACUGAACAACUUUACCGCAGCAAUGGAUAUAAGGAUUGAAUUUCCACUGAUUUACAGAAUUCUGAGAUGACUUGACAGGAUAGAUAUGGUGAGGAUGUUUCUCUUGGCUGAAAAGGCUUGAACUGGAGGUCCCAUUCUCAAGAUAAGGGUCACGUUAUUUCAGAUGGAAGUGACACAUCUUCAUUUAAAGGGCAGUGAACCUUUGGAUGAAUUUUCUAUCCUGGAAGGCUAUAGAAGCUUGGACAUUGAUUUUCUUGUAAUGAUGCUUUGGUCUCCUGCAAGUGAAAGCAUCAUCUUCAUUACCUCCCUGUCUAGCUUAUUGACGUUCAGAACAACCUUCAAGUUUAUCAGUUACUUUUUUUUUAAAGAAUACUUGAUAAAAGUGCAUAACUUGAUAGAAGAGAGAUGACUAGAGGCAUAAACAGAGGGGACGGCCAGCUCCUUUUUCCCAGGGCGUGCAUGGCUAACAUGAGAAGGCAUAUAAAGUGUUUGGAGGGAAAGUACUGGGAAUUCAAAGUUAAGUUUUUAACACAGAAUGUCAGAAGUGUGUGGAUUGCACAGCCAGGGGUUCGUGAUAGAGGUGAAUACAUUAGGGAAAUUUAAGAGACUCUUAGAUAAGCAUAUGGAUGAAAGAAAAAUGAAGGGCCAUGUGGGAGGGAAACAGAUUGAUCUUGGAGUAGGUUAAAAGGUAGGCACAACAUCUUGGGCCAAAGGGCCUAAAUGUGCUGUACUGUUCUAUGUCCAAUCAAUAUUUUGUAAUACAGAUACUGGAACUUUACUGUGCAUUGAUGAAUAUUUGUUUUAACAUAAGUUCUAUCCUUCAAUUUUAUGUUUCCAAAAAUCAGUUCAAGCUUUGGUGGCUUUAUUAUUGCUGCAUUAACCUGUGUCAUUAUAUUUAGUGAUUUAUGUAUCUCUAUCCUAAGAUCCUCCCCCAGCCCCCUCCUCCAUUUCAGAGACAUAUCUGGUUUGUUUCCACAUUCUACCAAAAUAUAUUGCCUUGCGCUUAAUGCUGACAGUGAAUCAUUUGGAGAGUGGUACAGCACACAUGCUCAAGACUUAAAAGAUUUAAUGGCUAUCAUUAAUUAUCAGGACAUCUGGGAUGCGGGAGGACAUAAAGACAUCACAUAAGGUCCAGCAGCAGCCAGCUCCAAACAAGCGGCCCAGUAACAGUGCUCCUCCUCAAACUCAGCUCAACAAAAUCAAGUACUCUGGAGGACCACAGAUUGUAAAGAAAGAGAGACGCCAGAGUUCAUCCCGCUUCAACCUGGCUAAGAAUAGAGAGCUUCAGAAGCUGCCAGCACUUAAAGAUGCACAACCCCAUGAGAGAGAAGAGCUGUUUGUUCAGAAGUUACGACAAUGCUGUGUUCUAUUUGACUUUGUCUCUGACCCUCUCAGUGACCUCAAAUACAAAGAAGUGAAACGAGCAGGUUUGAACGAGAUGGUGGAAUACAUAACCCACAACCGGGAUGUGAUCACAGAAGCUAUUUACCCGGAGGCUGUUAUUAUGUUUUCAAUAAACCUAUUCAGGACAUUGCCACCUUCAUCUAACCCCACUGGGGCAGAAUUUGAUCCUGAGGAAGAUGAGCCCACACUUGAGGCUGCCUGGCCACAUCUACAGCUUGUCUAUGAAUUUUUCCUGCGAUUCCUUGAGUGUGCUGACUUCCAACCAAAUAUAGCCAAGAAGUAUGUUGACCAGAAAUUUGUCCUGUCGUUACUGGAAUUGUUUGAUAGUGAGGAUCCAAGGGAGAGAGAUUUCCUGAAGACAAUUCUUCAUAGAAUCUAUGGCAAGUUCCUGGGCUUGAGAGCUUACAUCCGGAGACAAAUCAAUAAUAUAUUUUACAGAUUUAUUUAUGAAACAGAACACCAUAAUGGAAUUGCAGAGCUUCUGGAAAUUUUGGGCAGUAUAAUCAAUGGAUUUGCAUUACCCUUAAAGGAAGAGCAUAAAAUGUUCCUGAUCAGAGUGUUGUUGCCAUUGCACAAGGUGAAGAGUCUCAGUGUGUACCACCCACAGCUGGCCUAUUGUGUGGUGCAGUUCCUUGAGAAAGACAGCAGCCUUACAGAGCCAGUGAUUGUAGGUUUGCUCAAGUUCUGGCCCAAAACGCACAGUCCAAAGGAAGUCAUGUUUCUGAAUGAACUGGAAGAAAUUCUAGAUGUCAUUGAGCCCUCAGAGUUUGUGAAAGUAAUGGAACCACUGUUCCGACAGCUUGCUAAGUGUGUUUCUAGCCCGCACUUCCAGGUGGCAGAGCGAGCUCUAUAUUAUUGGAACAAUGAGUACAUCAUGAGUUUGAUCAGUGACAAUGCUGCCAAAAUCCUCCCUAUAAUGUUCCCUGCACUCUACAAGAACUCUAAAAGUCAUUGGAACAAGACAAUUCAUGGACUGAUUUACAAUGCAUUGAAGCUGUUCAUGGAGAUGAAUCAGAAGCUGUUUGAUGAUUGCACUCAGCAGUACAAGGCAGAGAAACAGAAGGAGAAAUUUAAACUUAAAGAACGUGAAGAGAUCUGGCAAAAGAUUGAACAUUUAGCCCAGCAUAAUCCUCAGUUUAACAUGUAUGUUGAGCCUUCAGAUAUCAACACUGUGCUCUCCAUGGAGACAGAGACUCCCACAGCUGAGGAUAUCCAGUUGUUGAAGAAGGCUGUGGAGACUGAGGCUGUCCAGGUGAAGAAGGACAUGAAGAAGGAGAAGACCCUGCUACGCCGGAAGUCAGACCUGCCCCAAGAUGUGUACACUAUAAAGGCCCUUGAAGCACACAAGCGGCCAGAGGAGUUCCUCAGCUCAAACCAGGAGGCGCUCUGACGUGCAGCAACUGCACACCCCCUAACAAUCCCCUGGCACCAGGAUAUGAGCAGACACCGUCUGUCGUGUAAAGCAUAGAAUGAACUGUUGAUCAGUGUUUAUGUAAAGCUGUGUCCUUCCCUUUUGUAACCAACUUCUUUUAUGUUUAUCCCCCUUUGCUGCUGUUUCUUGCCUGGUCUUAGACAGCUCUCCCAGUAUCUACCUUGAAGUGUUUCUGUUUGCCCUGGAAGAGAGUUGGGUAUUUGUGGCGUUCUCAGAAAGCUGUGGCUGACUGCAGACUCCCAAGUACCUGAAGACAGUGGAACAUAGCCACUGCAUCUUACUGAGAGAGAGUAUCAACUUGUCCAGUCUUGGGCCUGCGUUGUCCUCUGUCAAAUGGCUCUGACCAAUGUCCAGCCUACACUGUCCCAAGUGACUGUGGUCUUUCUGUUCACUGACCAGUCAGCUGGUCACCUGAGUUUUUUUUGUGAUCUUAGUAGCCAGUUCACCCUUAAAGAUGGGAGCUGUUGUCAUGCAAUUAAAAUCACUGUGACAGAUGAGCCUAGUUUUAUACAGUGGGUACGGAGUGCCUGGCAGGGCCAGGUGCUUUUAGAAUCUCUUCUCUUUUGUUUCCUCUAGGCACUGGGUGUGAGUGAGGUUCAGUUACUUAGCCAUUGAAUGUGUCACUCCAUCCCUGCCAAACACUGCACUUUCUGGAAUAGUAAGCAGGCAAUUUUCCUGUCUUUCUUUCUUUCCCCCACCAGCCUCAAAUCACCUCUAAGUACCUGAGACAGCCAAAGCUGAUGGUUUUCUGUCCAAUCUCAGCCCAGGCAUAAAAGUGACUUAAAGUUUAGUCGUUUUGCAUCCCCUCCCCACCAUCAGGUGAUGCAGCUAAUCUGGCAUUAGCCUCUCUGAAUGGUGGGUGGUUGCACUUGUAAAACUGACAUUUUUUGACCCCUGAAUUUAGGUCCAUUUUCCUCUCAUUUGUGGCUUUCCCUGUUGCGUGUGUUUUGAACCUUUGUGGAAUCACAACUAUGUGACAUUCUGUGAAUGAUGGAUAUAUGAAAUGGCUCAGUGUUGGAGAGAAAUUUCCUUCCUGCAGUAUGGUACUGUCACGAGACUAGACCAGCCCCUAACAAGAGUGAAUAGCAUGGGAAGGAGGGGGUUAAAUGUCACCUUUUAAUGACCGAUCCUGAUUUUGUGGAUCAUGCUGCAUUACAGUGAAGGUCAAGUUUCUGUGGAGCUAUAGUGCACUGCCUAUCCCAUAACUAAACAAAAAUAGCUUUGGUAUUACCAGUUCUUUUAACAGACACAUGUAAAGUAUUGAGUGAAAAGACCAUUUCAUUAAGUACCUAUAAGCCCCAACAUGAAGCAGAGAAGACAUGGUCUGUGCUGAGCUCCCAAGCUUGUUCAACUUUGAAAAUCCAGGUACUUUACAAAGAGUGAGAAGGGCAGUUGACUUCAUCCACAAUAGUAUUUAGGAGGGUGUUUUCUAAAUACUGUUCACAUGUGUAGACGAUAAAAGUGGAGUGUAUGUUUCAGCUGCUCAAACUGAAUGGAGUUGUGGUUUAUUUUUGGGGAGUUUUGUGGCCAGAGGGGUAUGGAGCCCUUCUGUACAGAUCCCUUGCCCAAGGAUGGAUAUCCAAAAUUAUUUUCCUUUGCACUUCUAUUCACCGAGUCCAAAGUCCCACAGAUAGUGACGAGAUGGUGGGUAGUAGCAGUUUGUCUUUUUUUGCAUUUUUUACCAGGUCAACAAAAGCAAGGUAUUUUUCUCAGCCAUGCCCUGGACAAGUCUGUAUCACAAGUAGUGAUAGUUUCACAGUAACUCAUGUUUAGCUUUAGGAAAACAAAUACACUCAUCUUUCUGGUGUUGGGUUGGCAGCUACCAAGUGUACAGGCUCUAUCCCUGACCUUGGCUGUUUUUUCAUUCAGUGUACAGAAUGUUAAAAUGCUAACUGAAAUCAUUGUUUUACCAAAAAUGUAUUCAUGCUGAUCCCAAAAUCCACUGAGGACUUUGCUCUGCUCCCCAAUGAUACAAAAUCCUUGAAGCAACUUAAGUCACCAAGAUGUGGGUUCCAGGCCGACGCAGACUGGACUGAGUAAUUGAGGCUGGUGUUUUGGUGAGCUUGUUCAAUAAUCAUGGAGUGGAGAGGCAGAUACAGUACAGGGGAUGCUCUGUAGUAUUUAUUGUUGGAUGAUAUAUCCAGCCUCAGCUGCCCACUUGGAUGAUCCAGGCACAGAGUUCAGUGUCUUAUCCUGCAUUCCUACUUUGAGUUUCACUGCCACAAGGAGUUGAAUGGAUUGGGUGGACAAGUGUAGGUAUAAAGGGAGGUAGAGAGGGGCAGCAGUGUGGAGAGCUGUUGAACUAGUUGGGUAGGAGAGUUACUUACCCAGGGGAUGGGAGUUGUGACCCUGGGAAAGUCGGUGUCUCAGGAUCAAGAGAGCUCAAUUAGAGUGUAUAAAUUGAAGAAUCUUGUUUUAAUUGGAAUCGUUUUAUGAUUAGGCUGAACUCGGACUGUUUAUAUAUACCCACCUCUUUAUGAACCUGGCACAAGGUUGCCUCAGCUUCCAAGUCCAGUUAUGCAGUGGAAGCUGUCAGUCCGCCCCAUAUUAUGAUGCUUGCCUCACCCAAAUUUAAGUUAAUUAUGAAUUGAAGCAAUAUAUUUCAAAUCCUUAGACUGAUUGUCAAUUAAUUCAAUUGACUGACUGGUAAUGUAAAAUAAAGGUAUAGUCUUGUCCAGCCACCUUUUGUUGAAUGUUGUCCAUGUGUACUGUAUGUUGUAAUAGAGUUAGGAGACAAAUAAAGCUCUGGUCUCAUCCAGUCUCUAAAUAACUCCCAAUACAGACCUACUCUGAUGUAUGAUCAUUCCAAAGUUGGAUACAUGGAACCUUGGACAGUGCAAGCUGUGUUGGGUCAUUCUGUUCAAUGGUGGUGCAACUGUUACUGCUGGGAGAUGGCAGUUCUGGCCACUGCUAUUUUUUUGCAAAUAGUUAUUUGUGAUAUCCUGCCCAGUCCAGGCUUUAAGUACCAAUGUCCCUAGCUUAAUUUAGGGGUUCAUUUUUUACUGUAAAAAUGUGUCGAGCACUGGCAUCUGAUACUUGCGUUUUAAUUCCUUAAUGUGGGUGGAGUUUGAUUCCAUUUUGUAUCAUGGCAAUGAAGAGUAUGGUAUGGAAGUUUACUUCAGACUUUUGUGGUUAACAAAAAUAAAUUGUGAUCUUCCUCACCCCCACCAUACUGCAACAUAUUCAUUGAGGUACUUCUUCCCACCCUGGUCACCAGUUUGUAAACUGUUUCAGCUCACUGCAACAAAUAUAGUUUUUAAUAUAAUUCUGGGGUCUGCUUUAGUGAAGAACUGGUUCCAGAUGUUAACCACUGUUGGUCUGUGUGUAAGAUUUUCCUGACACCAUUUCAAGUUCAGUCUGCAGUGCUGCUCCCUCCUUUCUGUACGGUAGGGAAAAAUUCUAGUCUUGCCUUUUUCACAGUUUACUAACUUGUGUGCAGCAACAGUACCGGCUUUGCUGUUCUGCCCACUCAGACUGAUUAAUGGUGUAAAUUCUAUCAGGACCAGUCCCAUUAAUCAGUUAGUGCUGAAAUGUAUGGCUGGUAUUGAGGGCAAUUCCUGGAUUUGCUGACCUUAAUUGCCAUCGGAAGCAUCCCUGCUGGAUACAGAUAGAGAUGGUCUUGACUAAACUUUCUGAUGUGGAGGAAACUUAAGAGUAAAGUUGUUUCCCCAUUCAAGUCGGGAAGAGUUAACUGCUGAAUGCUUGCAGCAUUUACUGUUUUUAUUUCAAAUUUCCACAUUACCAAUAUCCAUUUCAACAACAGCAUUGGUAAAUGCCAAUGAAUUAUAUGUCAGCUUACUUAAGAAAAGUGUGUAUUAUCACUAAGACAAGGGUUAGCUAUUGAAAUAGUGGUGGUGGGUUUAGAAUAAACAAGAGUCAAAGAGCUGAAAGUACACAACCCAAACCACUCAUUUAGCCUUUUUCCUCACUAUUGUUCCACUGAAGUUCCAAACUGUAAAUGAAUCGCACAUACUAACCAGUGGACUUUUUUUUGCUGGUGUGGGGUUACCAUUGAGGAAUAAUGGACAAUGCCAGUGAGGAAUAGAAGCAAAAUGUAGUGUCUUUGCUGCCCCUGGUUUUGUUGAUUAUCGGGAUACCAGCACAGGCAGAAACACUUGAGGGUUAAUGUAUGACUCUACCAUUCUUUCUCACAUGGACUUCUGUAUCAGUAUCUCCCAAUGAUAAAUCUAUUAAUCAUUCAUAGCUGAUCCAGAGAGCUCUGUAAAUGAAAAAAAAAUACUCUUGACUUUUAAAUGUUGUAAAAGUACUGUUAUAAACAAGUCAAGCAGUUGUAAGUUGGUGUUUACUGGUAGCCUGCCAAUUCCAGCACUGGGAAUUACUGGAGGCCUGCAGUAUUAUUCUCAGCCAAGAGCAGUCUGGGGAUAGUGCUGGCUGGGGUUGCAAUGGCCUAAGGCAUGAAAGGGCCUGGGUCAAUCACAGUAUAAGCACUUCAUGGUUAAAUGCAGGGAGCUAACUGUAAAUACAUUUCAUGUAAACUUACUGGGAUGCUCUCAGGUCAUUGAAGGGAGCUACCCAAAAAUGAAAUGUCUUUAACUUUCUCACUGACACUAUUAAGCUGCUUACAGUUAAUUUGUACAUAUGUUGUACUUUAUUUUAGGUAGAGCAUUACAUAGUAUUGAAAUGUCAUUUUGUACAGAUGUUCAUCUAUGUACAGAAGAAAAAUAAACUGGGUCUCUUAAA